ACAAUUCAACACUUUUUCAAAUUGUCUCUCGUUUAAAACUAUGCGGUGAAACAGUUACUGAUGUUGAUCUUUUGGAUAAGACUUACUCCACCUUUCAUGCUUCAACAACAAUAUCGUGAAAGGCAGUUUAAGAAAUAUUCCGAGAUUAUCUCUUGCCUUCUAGUAGCUGAGCAGAACAAUGAGUUAUUACUCAAGAACCAUCAAAGUCAUCCAGCAGGUUCAAUAGUUGCUCCAGAGAUGAACGCUACAGAAAGUCGUGGCAAUACUACUGAAAGCCGCGAGAAAGGACACGGACGUUGGUUAGGUCCUAAAAAGCCCAACAACAAGAUGAAGGCUGGUAAUAAUUCCCAUUAUCAGAAGGGGAAGAAGAACGUGUUCCAAAAACACAAAGGGAUAUGGAUAUUGCUAAUGGAAAGCCGAAAAGAAGUGACGAAGAUAUAUCUCUUGUUGACAGUGCGACAACGCACACAAUUUUCCGUAACAAAAGGUUUUUCUCCCAUUUAAUGUUGGCUACGACCAAUGUUACUACAAUUUCAGGGACUUCUAUUCUUGUUGAGGGACAUGGAAAAGCAUCGAUAAUGCUCCCUAAUGGUACAAAAAUCCAUGUCCAA